GUGUUAGCUCGUUUUACGACGGUGUGCUUACACAAUGGCAAUUUCCGUCACUUUGACUUGCAGCUCGCGACCGCGUUGAACUACCUUUUUUGUUACCAGUUUUUGUUCAAAACGACAUUUAUCUCCUUUAAAAACAGUUACAGACAUCGACACACACACCAGACACAAAACGAGAGUAGUUUUUAGGACAGGCGCAGCGUUUAUUCGCCGUAAUAGAAUCCUGAAAGUCCAGCGCGAGGCCCAGCGGAGAGCUCCAAAAAGUUUGUUGUUGUCACGUGACGCGAGACGAAUGUGGCGAUAAAAGUUUGUUUAGGUUGUAAAACUAGCUGGCGUACUAAAUUUUCCAGAACAUUUUGAAUACUGUUUUCACCGCAAUGCCUCAGCCAAAAUACCGAAAGAUCGCCGUUAUAGGUUACCGGUCCGUAGGAAAGUCAUCUCUUACAAUACAGUUUGUAGAAGGACAGUUUGUUGACUCCUAUGACCCCACCAUCGAAAACACCUUUAACAAAAUGGUUAACGUGAAGGGUCAAGACUUCAAUCUUCAGCUAGUUGAUACAGCUGGACAAGAUGAGUACUCAAUUUUUCCACAGUCCCACUCAAUGGACAUCCAUGGAUAUGUCCUUGUCUAUUCAGUGACUUCCUUGAAAAGUUUUGAAGUUGUGCAGGCUCUACAUGACAAGCUGUUAGACAUGGUUGGAAAGAUUCAGGUCCCAACUGUUCUUGUAGGAAACAAAAAAGAUCUCCACUUGGAAAGGGUUAUCAAGCCAGAGGAGGGGAAAAAACUUGCUGAUUCCUGGGGUGCUGCGUUCAUGGAGUCGUCUGCCAAGGAGAAUGAGACUGCUGUGGAGGUUUUCAAGCGGAUCAUUUUGGAGAUGGAGAAAGCUGAUGGGAACGCACCUCCGGAGGAGAAGAAAUGCACAGUGAUGUAAAAGUUGAUCCGGGACGUCAGUAAGCUAAUUUACUGAAGACGCAGGCGGCACAAUGUCACCAGCUUACCAGUUGCAACCUCAUCAAUGCCAAGAUGCUGCAGUGGAACAUUAAUCCUCCAUCGUGUUAUCAGAUUGAUUUAAAUAGCAAAGCAGCUGUCCAGGCAGCUGAAAUGGAUUCCUGCUGGUUGUAAACACGAGAAGAAGCUUCUAGAGCAGGAACAUGUGGACAGUUUCCUUAAAAAUUAAAAUGUAAUCUUGAAAAAUUAUUGUGCAUUUGAUUUCCACCACUUGCUUUGGAAAAUUACAAAUCUUGGGGAAUCUCAUCAGCUAAUGUCUCAGAAAAUGAGUUUAUGUGCAGCGAAGGCCCGUUGAGAGCUGAUGUUGGAUUACAGUAGUGAUGCUGUAACAGUUCACACUGAUUUAAACGUGCUGUUGGAAACUCACUUUUCAUCACGAUAGACGGAUCUUUUGGAUUUUUGCAUAUUUCACAUGAGAUUUUACUGUGGUUUCACAGUUUUCUGACCUUUUUAUCAUCUCUGUGGAGCCGUCAACAUGACAACAGUGUUGUUCCAGAUCUGCUGCUAAGCAGAUGAGUUUCCAUUGAUCAUAGUUUAAUUUUUCCUAGUAACUGUAUAUGAAGAACACUUCCUGUAGAUUGGAAUAGAUUAUUAUUUACCAGUUAUCCCUGUUUUAUACUGUAGUCUUGUCGAUAUUUGAAUGAGUUUUGUGCUCUCUUUAUGAUCCUAAGAAGAGUACAGCCUUAUAUGAAUUGUUGGGUUUCAGGUUUUAAACACAUUUUAACACUUCACAAGACCAUUAAAGAGUCUGAAAGCCAAGUUGGCUCAUUCAUUUUUACGUUUAUCUUUCAUUUAUGCCUUUGAGGCUGUAGUCUGAGAACUCGUAGUGGUCUUUUUUUUUUCUUCAUUAAAAGUUGCAGCCUUACAAAGACAGGACAGGCUGGGUUAUUGUUCUAUGUGGGCCUCAUGUUCUUUCUGUAGUGAAGACUGAGUGCUUUGCAGAUAUAGAUGAUUGAUAGAUAAACAGAAGCUGGUGUUGCUGUGUCUUGUGCCUUACAGUUCAAACUUCCUCAUUUAUUUUCCUUGACUCAAGGUGCUCUUAUUAAAGUUUUUUUUUCUUCUAUUGACUUGACACCAAUAGUGCAGGUGUUGUAUACCUGAACACUGAUAUUCCCUUGUGGGUCAAAGGUAAUUCAGAAAUCUUGCUGUAAACUGUUUUGUAAAUAAAUAAGUGACUCAUGUUGGAAA